AUGGCAUCGAAAGGAUCUACAGGAGGCGAACAUCGUCUCUCUUUUGCAAAGAUUGCUGCUAUGCGCCCACCGAACUCGGAAGAUCUUGUCGCAUCUGAUGAAAAGAAUGGUUUACAGUCAGCCGAGGAACCAACAUGUACCGAAUCACAAGGCCCCAAAGAUGUCCCCACGAGCCAGGAAAGCUCGGACAAGGUCUUCUGUGAGACCAGUCCCGUCAAUCGAAAUGUCGAUAGUCUAUCGGGAGCGAUGGACGACGUACACUUGGAAAAAAAGGGCCAAGAGAGCCCCGGCUUUUCUGAAGGUCGAGACACCGGGUCUCUAAAACGAGAGGCUUCUUUCGAAGAUGAUCGCACACACCUGUCGAACUCCUCAACGAAGCCCACGAGUUUUGACUCGAAGAGCAUGGCGUCGGUUACUACUUUCGCAAUGGACGAGAAGGACUCCCUACGACCCGAUGAUAGUGCCAGUGUCCAAGCCGUUGAUGAAGAAGAGAGUCUUUCUGGCGCAGCUUCUGGCGCAGCUUCUGGCGCACCCAAUUCGUUGACGGGCUCUGAGUCCGGUGCUCGUGGUUUCAGAGAUAUACAGAGAGCUCGAGCAACCUUACACAACAUGGGACCUAUCUUCGACGGAAAUCAGAGAGCCAAUGGCGCCGUCAUGCCAGAAUCUGUCUCUAAUAAUUUUGUUGUCCCAACCCCGGACGGUUUUCCAGGGAGCCAGCCGAUACCAAUGCAUCCAUUUCCCCUGGAGCCGGAUGAGAAACUCCUGGAGGCGAUGAAAUCUCCAAAGGAUCGUCUCUUAAUUUUGCAACUAGAAGAAAAAGUCCGACACUUUAUUCAAAGUUCUAAAGAGCAAUCUUUGGAACUACCACCAUCCAAUGCCUUUGGUCGACUCCUAGCCCAUAAACUGGGUGAUUAUUACCAUUUGACCCAUUUUGUGGAUAACAAUGUUACAUCCGUCCGACUUCAUAGGACACCUUUCUGUCGGCUGCCUACUCCUCUUUCUGUCUUGCAUGCUUCCACAAACAGCACGCCACCCCCUGCUAUGCCUGCGAUGAAGAUUAUGCGCCGCACAGAUGGAGAGCGGCCUUACACUGAAGGAAGCAUAGCGGCCAGCUCCGGCAUCCCAUCUAAAACAGGGUCAGAAGCUGGUGACAGUGGAAAUGAUGGGGACCGUGGCAGCUCUUCGGCCGGUGCUACACCAGCCAAAGACAGAAUGGCAUUGACCCGGGAGGAACGAGAAGCGAAGUACCAUGAAGUCAGAGAGCGGAUAUUCCGAGAUUUCCCAGAGUCCAAAUCUUCAGAGAAUGCGAGUGGUGAUCUAGGUACUAAUAUGUCGCGUUCGAGUUCAACAAGUGGACGUAAGAAGACGCAGAGACAGAAGACUCCCCAUGAUGACAGCUUCGAAGUCCGCUCCCAGUUCAACGCCUACUACCCUGGGAUGCAUUAUACUCAAGGAUCACUUCCGUAUAAUAUGACCAUGAACGAUCCCUCAUUUCACGGCCAGCCUUGUAUGGUAGGGCCUGGAGUGUCUCCUCCGGGCACGAGUUACGUUCAUAGCGGUCAGAAUGGUGGCAUGUUCUCUACUCCCAUGAACUCCACGCCUCAAUAUCCCAUGCCUGUAUCCCCCCAGAUGGCUACAAGCGGCCCGUGGCAGAACGGUGCUAUGCCUCAACAAUCCCCCUAUUCCGGAUAUGCCACCUUCAACCAAUCACCUGCAGUGACUGCAGCCAAACCGUCGCCAGCAAUGAACAGUUACCCCAUUCCCAAUUCUAUGCAGUUCCAGCAUACACCUCCCGGUUGGUCUUCCCCGCCUUAUCAUGGAGGCUAUCAACAACCCACACAUCGGAACCAACCGCCAAUGCCCUGGCCGAACUAUCAGUCGCAGACAUUCAAUCCGACAUCGUAUCCUUAUACCCAAUACCCGGGUCAGCCAAUGAAUCCAGGAGUGCAGAGUCAUUCGAGUGCGCAUCCGCUGCCAGGAAGUUUUACAAGACCCGCAUUCAAUCCCCAAACUCGUUCCUUUGUUCCGGCCGGUGCUCCUCUGGCUCGACAUCCUAGCAAAAGCAACCAGCAUGGCAUGGUCUCGUACCCGGCCAUGCAAGCUGGUGUACAGCCUCAGGGAGCAGCCUUGGGGGGUAGGGAUUCUAUCGCGAAAUGGGGAACCCCAUCUCAUCUUCCCCCGAAACCACCACCGUCUGAAGUCCCGUCUGAUUUUGACCUAAAGCAUCGGGCUAGCAGUGGUACGACUCUUCCCUACCCUAACAAUGGUUUGCAAAGUUCGAAAAACGGCCCACUAGUUGUUUCUGGAGGAACCAGCCUCCCACGGUCGAAUUAG